GCUUCAGACAGCGGGAAGUGGCGCGCGGGCUGCAGGGCGCGCCCUCCAGCGGACCCCGGACUCGCUUUGGGGGGCACGAGCGGCAGCAUGGACACCAAGCGCUGCUUCGCCAACCGCUUCGAUGACUACCAAGGCAGCCUGCUGGUGGGCCAGUGCGAGGAGGCGGUGGCGCCCUUGGUCAGCGCCACCAUCGAGCGCAUCCUCCAGGAGCUGCCCCCGCUCGGGGGCGGCUCCGAGGCCCGGGGGGCGGCGGCCGCGGCCAGCAGCUGCCAGGGAGGGCUGUACGGCGGCGUGGCCGGGGUGGCCUAUAUGCUCUACCACGUCUCGCAGAGCCCGCUCUUUGCCGCGGCCCGGGAGCGCUACCUGCGCUCGGCCAAGCGCCUCAUAGACGCGUGCGCCCGCGCGGAGGAGUGGGGCGAGCCGGACGCCGACACCCGCGCCGCUUUCCUGCUCGGGGGCGCGGGCGUGUACGCAGUGGCCACGCUCGUGUACCACGCCCUGGGCCGGUCCGACUACGUGCAGCCGCUGGGCAAGUUCCGGGCUCUGUGCGCCGUCUGCGCGCCCGUCUCCUUCCUGGAGUGCGGCUCCGACGAGCUGUUCGUGGGCCGCGCGGGCUACCUGUGCGCCGCGCUGGUGCUCAAGCAGAAGCUCGCCCAGGAGGUGCUGACCCCGGCACAGAUCAAGUCAAUUUGCCAGGCAAUUCUGGAUUCUGGAAAGCAGUAUGCAACAAAAAAGAGGAAACCAUUCCCCCUGAUGUAUUCUUACUAUGGAACCGAGUAUUUGGGAGCUGCUCAUGGCCUGUCAUCCAUUCUCCAAAUGCUUCUUUCUUACCAUGAGCACCUCAAGCCCUCAGAUCAAGAGCUGGUAUGGCAGAGUGUGGACUUCCUCAUGGAGCAGGAACAGAACUCCAACUGGCCACCUGAGCUGGGCGAGGCCAUCGAGAGGGAGAAUGAGCUGGUACACUGGUGCCAUGGUGCCCCAGGGAUAGCCUAUCUGUUUGCCAAAGCUUAUCUGGUUUCCAAGAAACCACAAUACCUGGAUACCUGUAUCCGGUGUGGAGAACUCACAUGGCAGAAGGGCCUGCUGAAGAAGGGGCCAGGAAUUUGCCACGGGGUGGCUGGCAGUGCCUACGUCUUCUUACUUCUGUACCGGCUCACCGGAAAUUCAAAAUACAUCUACCGAGCCCAAAGGUUUGCUGAAUUUCUAUUUACUGAGGAAUUCAAGGCUGGUUCUCGCGUCCUGGAAAGUAUAUACAGCUUGUACGAAGGCUUCUCCGGGACAGUGUGCUUUCUGAUAGAUCUACUGCAUCCCAAUCAGGCUGAGUUCCCUCUCUUCAGUGUCUUUGUUUAGAAGGCUCCGUCUCCCACUGUGACCCUGCAGAAGGUCCCUGAGAUUUCCUGAGCCUACCUGAGGCAAUUGCCACAUAAGCCACAAUCAAUGGUAUCACAGCCAUGAGCCUUAACAUUGCCGCCCAAAGGAAGGAAGGGAACAGGCAGGUGAAGGCAACAUGAUACCAGACCUGAGGGAGAACAGUUGAGGCCCUCAUAAACAAUGACACCACAACUCUUCUUAAAUUCAUAGAGAUUUAAUAGUUCAGGAAGUCAGUGUGAAUCAGUGUGCAGAGGAAGAAGGGAAAGAAAACAUCUAUUUUCCAGUGUGGCAUAUAAAACAAAGCUGAAAUGUGGACAGUGGCAGUAAAAUGCCUCUGUAGUUGGAGAGGGAAUUUGACUGUUGGUACCCUCUACUCCUAAAUUCAGAUAUAAAGCUGAUCAAAAAAAUAAGUAAUUUUCCAGCUGAAAACUGCGAGGAGGGAUGAGGUGUCAGGUCACUAAAGGACAAAAAAAGGAAAUUCUUGGUUGUCCUAUGCCUUUACUUAUUGAAAUGCACGAUUUUUACAGAAUGGAAACAUUUGCAGGUGAAUCUCUAUUUUUUAUCAUUACCUUGGGCACUUUAAAAAAUCAUAUCAUAACUUAGUUUAAACCCUGAGAUUCAAAGUUUCCUUAGGCCUUAGAGCAUCUCUUUUUCCUGGUUCCUUUUUCUUCAGUAAAGCUUAAUUAGAUAGUAAAAGUCAUAGGCUAGCAAAUACUGUAGCAAGUUUUGCUGUCAAGUGUUAUACUCAAAUUGAAAUGUGAGUUGUGUAUUGUCUGUUGUUAGUCAUUUCUAAAAUGCUUAUGUAAUCCCUAUGAUGCUAUUAGCUGAACUGUAAAAUAGACUUCGAGUAAAAUCUCACUCAUCUCAAGGAUCAGGGUAACUGCUGCAGAGGUGUGUUGUUGCUGCCUUUGGUUGAAUACCGUGUCCCCUGGGACAGACAGACGCAAUCUGUGAAAGAGCCAGUGAUUGUUGCUCGAUGUUAUACUAUUAGAUUUAGAUAUGAGUGAAUGCCAUGACUGAGCACCUUACCUGCUAACACACAGGCUCCAUAGGCACUGUUUACAAGACCCACUGAGUCAAGUUGUGUUAAAUUCAGCCCUUCUAUGUAAACACAUAAAAGUUGUAAAACUACUUCAAGUAAGUAGUGGUUUGCAAAAUACUGUAGGAGUAUCUGUCAUUUAAACAUGCAAACAUGAGUUUAUCCCUUUCCUAGAAUUUGAUCAUUGGCUUUUUCAUCUAUUAAGGUGAAGAGGACAUUGUGUAUUGUAUAAGAUUUAACACUUAUUUAAAUAGUAUUUAAAAUUAGCAUAUAUAUGUGAUAGAUGUAGAAUAUAUUCUAUCAUACAGAGAACAUAUAUACAUAUAUUCUAUUUCUAUUCCCAUGUAAACCCAAGCACUUAUUUAAUUCAUUAAGCCUAACUUCUUGAUUCAUAGAUAAACUUUGGGAGGAGUUGGGAGCAACUAUUUGUGUGUUUGUGUGUGUUUAUUUUUCUAGAAAGAGGAUCUCUAACAUCCAACAGCUUCUCAAAAAAGAAUAUGUGGUUGAAAAAUAAGUAAGAAGCACCUUAGUAAUUUUAUGACACUUUAUGUUUCUACCCAUCAUAACCUAGGACAAGAUGGCUUUAAACGCAUAUACCUUUUUAGCUCAUCUUUAUAUCCUCAGAUAUAAAUAUGUAAAAUUGGUUUCAGUUGUUUAUCUUUGCAAAUACUCAAUUUGGGGCAAUACCACGUGAAGAGUAGCUCUUAGAUGACUCCCAAAGUUAGGUUGCAGAUGUAUUUUCAUUUAUUGUCAAGGAUGUCUCACAGUCUUAAAGCAAAAUGCCUUUACAAAAUAUUCUCCUUUGGAAAUGAGAGUGUUACCUGCCUUUCAUCAUCUGUGUUUAAAUUCAUUUUAUUUGAUCCCUGUGGACAGUCAAGGGGUUUUUAGGGAACACAUGCUUUUUUCAGGAUCCAUCAACCACCUAAGGUGUUUUAAAUAAUUGAUCCAAAGUCUCACAGCUAGGGGGGCACAGAAUGAGGAUUGAGACCCCGGGCUUUCACUUUUCAAGUAUAUAUCCAGUAUUCUAGACUAGCAUCUGAUUACAGCAGUGGAUGAAAUAUCCCUGGAACUUGCCUUCUGUUUGUUCAACUAUUCAUCCUUGAGCUCUAAAACAUAGAGUACUACCUAUUCAAUGUAUCACUUUGACCUGAGAACUCCAAAACAGCUGAACUCCCGCCUGCUCACCUUCCUUGGGUCAGUAGAGUGACCAUGACAUUGUUGUGUGAACAUUGUGACAACAACUCUUUUGUGUGCCUAGUGCAAGCAAAGCCUGCGUUUGAGCAUGUCUUUAUGCUUUGACACUUGACUAAAUUAGAAAGCAGGAUCCGCAUCUUUCGCACUUGAACUGCUGAAAGUUUUCAUAUUCCUGAAAGAGUGGAGUUAAAAGUUUGGGAAGGUGAUUUUCUACUCUAUUUUCCUAAGAAGGGGGAGGGGGUGGGAAAAGACCCUUACGUGUUGCUGUAGGAAAAGUGUGACAUGUCACUUCUUUUUUAAUUAACUAACAAGCUUGUUAUUUUCCAUGCAGUGACAUUCUUUUCUGAAUAAAGCUUGAGUAUGUUGCCUAUUGAAGGCUAUGGGCCAUUUUCACACUCCAGCUUAACUUUAAUAUAAUUUAUUCUAUGUGGCAUGAACUACUAUAAUCCCUGGAGAUAACAGUAGAAAUAUUUUAAUUUACAUGGAAUUAAUCUCUUAAUAAUGGGGAAAUCACUUUAUACUUUGAGAACAGGAAAGUUUGGAAAAAUAAUACAAGUCUGUGUUUGUUUCAUGAACACAAUUGCAUAACUUCUCUUCCAUACAUACUCCAAAAUAUUAUCUAUCUUUAUUUUACCCAAUCCCAUUUGGGUCAUUAGUUUUUAUUUUUUUGUUCCAUUUCUAACCUGAUAACCAAGGGCAGGGUUUGAUUGCAUAUUUUACCUUGUGAUUCUUCAGGUUAUUGACUACACUAUCAAUAGGGUACUGUUCAUUUUCUGAUAAUUCAAGGAACAGAGUCAUUUUCGUUUUCUAUGCUAUAUUGGAAUUCUUCCAUGGCAAUUUACAGCCUUAAUUUUCUUGGACACACUAAGAUUUUAAUCAAGAUGGUAUUCAAAUUGUUUCAGUUUCUGUAGAGAACAGACCUCAAUAAUUUCACUGCAACAGAUGUUAAGUUUGUGAUUUAUAUGCAUGUUAAGGAAGCACAUGACUAAAGGAGAAAAAAAAAACAGUAAUGCAAAGAGCUCUGUGUUGAAAAUCUCAAAGUCGUGUUCUGCCAUUUCCAUGGACUACUAUAAUUACCAUCAUCCACCUAACAAGACUGUCAAUAAUAAACCAGGUAUAUGAGAAUAUUGCAGGCCCUUUAUAUACUUAAAAGAGAAGCUAUAGUUUAAAGGCCUACUACGUGUACAGAAAGCCGUGUUCAGUUAUGACUUCAAACAAGCAUUUCAACCAAAUGAAAUCUCUAUCCGUGGAUUCUAGAACCAGUCCUGACUGUAGCAUUUGUGCCUUGUAAGAGCUCACAUUUCUCUGGGGCUUAGUGCAUAGGAUUAGUGCUUUUGCUUUAAUGCAAAUAUUUACUUUGCUUGCUGGAAACAAAGGUUGACAGUGUUAGUAAUGUAACAAAAAGAGCUGGUGGUCCAGGUUUGCUUAGCAAAAAGGAUCUGGGUCACAUAUAGAAAUAUACUUUCAAUUGUGUAUAAGGCCUUUGGGGACCUGGGUUAUUUAUUGAACAUUGUCCCAAAUUAAUAGCCUCCCAUUCCCCAAGGCUAUGUGUUCCUAGCAUACACUUGGCAAGGAAAGCAAAUGAUAACACAGGCAAAGGGGUGUGCUGCCGCUCAGCAUUUCAGCCGGAACUGAGAAUGUACACUGCAUGCUCUAAGGAUCAGCCCUGUCCUACUCAUGGGUUUUAUUGCUCCCCAGGGCUUCUAAUCUCAAACCCCUCUGAUUCAGCAACUCCCUGUCUUCCUCUCCCUUUUAAAUAAUACAUUCGGAUAUGUCUUUUCCUUUACCUGCUUAAUCAUGUGGCUUUCUCUCUUCUGGGAGGGCAGGUUUUCUCUUUGUUUCUUCCAUCCAUGUCAGUUGGUAGCUAAGAGCUCAGGUUCAAUAAGGCUGGACUCCCCCUCUGGACAGAAGGGCUGACCUCAGGGUCAGCAGCAGAAGGAAUUAGGCCCAUUUCAAAGUGAGGUCAUAGCUUUCUCUGAGUGUGACUGUGCAUGAAUAUACACAUCCUGCUUUUUCUCCAUAAGGAAAUCUGGUCUUUUGAUAAGUGCUGUUGUGAAAAAAAAAAAAAAAAAAAGGAUGCUACAUUAAGUAUAUGGGCCUCCAGCAUUAUAAAUCUGAAAGUUGGGGUGUCCUGUUUCCCCUUAUUUCUUUAAUUGAAAGUGCUAAUGAACUAAGCCUUGAUGGAUAGUGCCUUUAGGAUUUUGAAAUGUUUUCUUUUCCUAUAUUUUCUUAAAGUAUUGAACCUUGUCAUCCUUUAGACUCCUCCCCAAACUGCACAGUCCCUUACCUGCAGGAUGUUUUGUAUCAUCUUUUGCCUUUGUGUCUCAGUUUUUCACCUCUCUGAAUGGAAUUUGAAAAAUUACUUCACAUGAAAACCAAAUCACCCCUUUUUUUAUUCUUUGGUGAGGGGUGUCAGUGGUGAAUAUAUGUAGUAUGGUUAAUUAACCCAUCUAUACAAAAUAUUUGACCUUGUUUUACAUUGACUCUUCAAAAUCUAGUGUGCAUUUUAUAUUACUGCACAUUUCAAGUCAGAUUAGCCACCUUUGAAGUGCCCAAGAACCAGACGUGAGUUGGCUGCUGUAUGGACAGAAAAGGCUAGCAUCCCUUCUGUUUAUACAGUAUUAAUAAGGUCUUCUUAAAGCAUAUAUUGUUUUGUGUCAUUGCAAGCGUUGCCUGUGUGAAAAGUGCAUUCUCUGACAAAAUAGGGUAAGGAAAGUUCUAGUCUUGUAUCCCCGCAUGGAGAAUUACAUGGUGCAUGAGCAUGCCACAGACACAGAAAACUCUCCUGAGUAAAGCCACCUGUUAGAGGUUGUUGAGUUCUGUGUCUUUAAGGUUUAGCCUCCUGACUAUCACUGUUACCUAGCUACCACUGUAAAAACACAGUCAGGCACAGUACAUUUAUGGUAUGCUUAUAUGUUUUUCUCUAUAUAGAGUGGUAACACCCUCUUCUCCUACCUCCCCUCCAGUCCCAUAAAGAUACCAGCACAAUAAUUAUGUCCUAGAGUAUCCACCCUUACUAAAUUAUCUUGCCCUGACAAAGACCUAAAGUCAUUCUUUACUAUACGUUUGGGGCAAGAAUUCUGGAAAUUGCCACAAGUGUCUCUGCAAAAAAUAAGUUAUGUGUCUUCUCCUCCCCCUCUCUUUGGAACCUAUCUUUGAAUAUUCUUUGUCUUGAAAAUCACCUGAGAGCCAAGCUCUAUCUUCUUGUUCUGGAACCAUCAACUAAACUGAAACCAGCAGAUGGCUUUAAUGUCUUGGAUAUGAAUGCUAGCCUUCAGAAAGUACCCAAGAACAACACAUCUUCCUCUCAUUCUUUGUGAAAUUAUGAGCACUCUCAAAAGUGAGAGGAGAAACAUCUGAAUGCAUAUAUGUGUAAAUGCAGAAUAGUUUCCUAAGUAGAAUAACAUUGCUUCUGCAGAUGCUUUAUUUUGGUCUUUUGUGUGUGGUGUUAUUUCAUGUUUUAAGGUUCAUUGUUCUUGUAACUGUUCUUGUGUAAAGUAGCUGUGAAGUAGUGAUCCCUUUAGAGGAGAUAUAGCCUAUACAGUUGUCAAUCUUUAGCAAAUGAUCUUUUGUCUUUGUUUUAAUGGCACUUCUGAUAACUUCCCCCUCCUCCAGGGUUUGUUUUAUGAUCUGUGAUAAAGUAGCACUUACCAAUAAAAUACCUUCUGUCGCUGAAUUUAGUCCAAGUGGAUGUAUUCAAAUAAGGUUGAUUUAAAUGAACAUUUUGUAAGACUUUAUUAUUUCAGUAUUAGAGAUGUCUUUGAGGACUGUAGCAGCCCUUUGCCCUUGAACAUGCAAAGGAUACCAUUAGUUUUUAUAUAGACUCUCCAGGAGAGUAGGAAUGGAACAUUCUAAGUGCAAAAGUUUGCCUUUAUAAUAUCUCUGGAAAAGAAGGGCUGCCCAUUCCCCACAAAGGUAACAGCUUCCCCAACUUUUAACAUCUUGGGGAGAUCUACUUGGGAGGUCUGAAUUUUAAUCUCAUGACUUAAUGGCGCUAAAAUUUUUUAAUGGAUUUUGUAGAAUCCCAUUAAUAGAGGAAACUUUGCAAAGCCAUAUGUUGGGGAAUUGUCAAGCACCACGUGUUAGUGUUAGAUUGUGCAUUUCCCACGUAAAUAGAAUUUACUUCACAAAAAAAUGUUUUUGCACAAUUGACAAUACUUACAGAAAUAUGAUUGUAUCAUUGGAGAAAAAAGCUCCCCUUCUUACAAGUACAUUUCACAAGCAGUAAACUAGUACAAUUCCUUAAUUAUUUUGGGAGAUGUAAAAAAAACAAAAUAUGUCAUAGACUGUAACUGCUCAUUCCUAAUUAGGUCUAGGAAUAAAUAUAGUAUUACUUAAAGUAUUAUUGAAUUUUGAAGAACUGCUCAAUAUAAUAGUGAUUUUAAUAAAAUUGUACUCUUUGCAACAUAUUUGUCUCAGCAAAAAUGUAAAGUAAAAAACAUAAAACUAUAAAAAAAAUGCCAGAUAACAGGUUAGUUAUCAUUCCUUUAAAAUUAUACUAAUUCUUAUUAGAAUUAAAUAUAACACCAGUUAUCUGAUAUAUGUAAGUAAAUUUUUGAACAUCUUGCACAAGAAAUGAGAGCCUUGUUCAAAAAUGCCUUUUUGCCAAAAACAGGUUCUAUGACCUCUUAUUCAUUCUUACAUUUCUUUUGGAAUUACUUUGAGGCACUUUAAAGACAUGUCUGUGGCAUUUAGUUCUAAAUUAGGAGCAGAACAUUCUGUCAGAUAUUUAGCUAUAUCACAGUGUUGGAGUACUGUAUUUUAUAACAAAACAAAACAAAUUCUCAUGUAUUCUGGUAUGUUACAUAUUAUGCCAAAAACCACUUUCUGUAAUGUUUAGGAAAAUAAUGGGUAUUUCAGUUAUAGCAAGAAAGUAGAAUGCGGUACAUGAGUGACAGUAACUUGAUCUUUAGUAAAAUCCAUGUAGGUAUUUGACAGGGAAACUAGCAAUCAUGAACUUGAAUGUACUCAUCAUUCUCAAGAACAAAUCAACAAAUGAUAAUAUAAAGAAAUGGUUGCUGGGCAAGGUGUGCAGCCCCGUUGGAUCAGAUUUGAAUGCUCCUCAGAUGUUAGCUUUUGUUAUUGGUUGUCCCUGGAGGGGUAGUGCUACAGUGGCCUUCUUUCUCAUGCUAGGGAAGGGGUGUUUGCUCACAGCCACUGCAAGAUCAAAUGAAACCACAUUAGCAGCAGGAUUGAGUCAGAAGCUUAAAAAUGCACCUUACUGUUUAUAAAACUAAUGUUUCAAUGUUCUAAGCACUGUGAUCUUUCCAAAUGUGUUUUCCGUGUUAGUUUUGUACUGUAGAAAAUAAUUUGUCAUAUAGUGUUUAAAGUGAUAUUAUGUUAUGGCUUGUUACCCACCCCCACAUUUCUGUACAGUCUACUUACUCAUAUAAAACCUGUGAUAAUCCUUUGCCUUAAAACCUAAUGCUAAGUAUUGAUUGUGUUCUAAGUAAUAAUUCUAAGCUACUUUUUCCUUUACAAUUUAAGAUUAUGUCAAAUAAACUACUACACAGAUACU